AUGGACAUUAUUAAAGAAAUACAUUCAAAAUAUUCAGCACUAGAGUCAGAGGUCGAUAAACAAUUGGAUAUAAUAAAACGUGAAGAGAAUAAGUUGGCUAAACAAAAUGCAUGCAGUCUGGAAAAAUCAUCAGCGCAGCAAACAAUUAAAAUAUUAUCCUAUGAGGAGGCUUUGGCUCGUAACAACAACUUAUUAAAGUCUUUGGAAAUAGCGAAAGCACGUUUACGAUCACGUUCGACUUAUUCGCCAGUUGAAGGAAUUUUGAGAAAGGCUCUCGAAAAUUUCGAAAGAGAAUUUCAAAUGUCUUUCGAUGCCAAUAACACAAACGAAACCGGGGAAACUUUAAAUGAUGAUACUUAUGAUCACAUGAACUAAACAUACUUGGGAAAAACUUCAAG